AUGGCGGCGGCGGUGCGCGCAGCGGGCUGCCUCCCCGCGCUGUGCCGCGUGCCCGCGGGUCACUUAUGGUCCAGGCAGCUUUACCUACACACGUUUCCAACAGCUUCCACUUUGGCAUUGAAGACUGUUCCCAGUAAUGGCCCUUUGUCAUCUCCAGGAACCAGAGACAAUUGUCAUUUCAGCGGCUUGACCUGUGCUCUACAGACACAAUGCUGGAUUUCUUCUCCCAGCAACUUGAUGGGCCAACAGCAUAGAUCCUAUAGUUUCUUCACUAAAUUGACAGCAGAUGAGCUAUGGAAAGGUGCUUUAGCAGAGACUGGUGCUGGAGCAAGAAAAGGAAGAGGCAAGAGAACUAAGAGAAAGAGAAGGAAGGAUUUGAACAGGGGUCAGAUCAUCGGUGAAGGGCAUAGUGGCUUCCUAUGGCCUGGUCUGAAUGUCCCUCUAAUGAAGGAUGGAGCUAUGCAGACCAUUGCCCAGAGAAGCAAGGAAGAGCAGGAGAAGGUGGAAGCUGACAUGUUCCAGCAGAGAGAAGAAUGGGACCGGAAGAGGAAGAUGAAGGUUAAGCGAGAGCGAGGCUGGAGUGGAAACUCAUGGGGAGGUGUCAGUCUUGGCCCCCCCGACCCGGGACCCAAUGGAGAAAGAUACGAUGAUUUUGAUACCAGGAUACUUGAGGUAAGAAAUGUUUUCAAUAUGACAGCAAAAGAGGGGAGAAAGAAAUCGGUCCGUGUACUGGUCGCCGUGGGGAAUGGCAGAGGAGCCGCAGGUUUUGCCAUUGGGAAAGCCACUGAUCGGACGGACGCGUUCAGAAAAGCAAAGAACAGAGCAGUUCACUAUUUGCAUUAUAUAGAACGAUAUGAAGACCAUACAAUAUUCCAUGAUAUCUCUUUAAGGUUUAAAAGAACACAUAUCAAGAUGAAGAAACAACGCAGAGGCUAUGGUCUCCACUGCCACCGGGCCAUCAUCACCAUCUGCCGUCUCAUUGGCAUCAAAGACAUGUAUGCCAAGGUCUCGGGGUCCAUGAACAUGCUCAACCUCACCCGGGGCCUCUUCUACGGGCUCUCUUCCCAGGAGACCCACCAGCAGCUGGCUGAUAAAAAGAGUCUCCACGUUGUGGAGUUCCGGGAGGAAUGCGGCCCUCUGCCCAUCGUGGUCGCCUCGCCCCAGGGAGCCGUGAGAAAGGAUCCGGAGCCGGAAGAUGAGGUUCCCGACACCAAACUGGACUGGGAGGAUGUGAAGAUAGCCCAGGGGAUGAAGCGCUCUGUGUGGUCAGGUUUAAAGAGAGCUGCCACCUGA